UGAUCGCAGCUGUCAGGAAACAGUUUUGAAAGAUUGGGAGAGGAUAGAAGUGAGCAGAGUGUGGGUGUCGCGUGUGGUUAUGAAUACAUAGUGGAAGUUUGAACACAUUAACAAUGAUGUCAGAAAGAGAUUAUGCACCACUGAGUACAGCUUGUGUUAGAGCACUUAAUGACAAGUUGUACGACAAAAGAAAAGCAGCGGCUGUAGAAAUAGAGAAAAUGGUAAAAGAGUUUGCGUCACUGAAUAACACUACACAAAUAAAACGACUGUUGAAGGUAUUGGGCCAGGAUUUUGCAAAUUCUCAAAAUGCACACACAAGAAAAGGUGGUUUAAUAGGUUUGGCUGCAAUUGCUGUAGCUCUAGGAAAGCAAGAUUGUGGUCUGUACACGAAAGAACUGGUGUAUCCAAUAUUGGCCUGCUUCACUGACUCAGAUCUGAGAGUGCGUUACUAUGCCUGUGAAUCAUUAUACAAUGUUGUCAAAGUGGCUCGAGGUUCAGUUCUUAUCUAUUUCUCUGACAUUUUUAGUGCUCUCAGUAAGCUAGCAGCUGAUCCAGACCAAAAUGUGAAGAAUGGAUCAGAACUGUUGGACAGACUUAUGAAGGAUAUUGUGACAGAAAGUGCCUCAUUCGACCUUGUAGCCUUUGUACCUGUGUUAAGGGAUAUGAUGUACACAAAAAACACAUUUACGAGGCAGUUCGUUAUUUCUUGGGUGUCAGCUCUGUAUGCAGUUCCUGACAUUGAUCUCAUUCCAUUUUUACCAGAAAUAUUGGAUGGUUUAUUUCGAAUUUUGGAAGAUCCUACACAGGAAAUUAAAAAAAUGUGUGAUACAGCGCUAGGAGAAUUUUUACGAAGCAUCAAGCAUGAUCCUUCUAGGGUUGAUUUUGCUGCUAUGAUUAAUAUCUUGAUUACACAUGCACAAGCAACAGACGAGGUACUACAGUUUACGGCAAUUACAUGGAUAAAAGAGUUUGUACAGUUAUCAGGAAGAAUGAUGCUCCCAUUUGCAUCAGGAAUUCUUACUUCCACAUUGCCCUGCUUAUCAUAUGAUAGUGAUUCAAGAAGAAACAUAAAGGAGACAUCAAAAGCUGUAAAUUUCAGCCUAAUGAAGCUCAUCUCUGAAUCAGUCAGUGCUGAAGUAACUAAUGAGCAACACAAGCAUUCUGCUUCAGGCACAGUUGGUGACAGUGAGGGUCAGCCUGAGAACCACAGAUCAGAUUUAGACUUGCCUUCUGUACUCGAUGUUUUGAAGAAGCACUUAGUCCAUACAUGUGUUCCAACAAAGGUAGCUGCUCUGCGAUGGCUGGGGUUUCUCCACUCAGUGAUCCCGAGUAAGAUGUAUGGCCAUGUGGAUGAAUUGUUCCCAGACUUGUUAAGAACAUUGUCUGAUGCAUCAGAUGAAGUUGUGAAGCAAGACUUGGAAGUAUUGGCCGGUGUUAUUUCACUGUCAAGAAGUGAGAAAACUGGGGACUCAGAAAAUGUGCCCAAAAACUCCAGUGAUACUACUCAUUUACACAAACCAUACUUUUCAAAGUUCUUGGUGAAUUUAUUGAAAUUGUUUAAUGGUGACAGACACCUAUUAGAAGACAGAGGACCAUUCAUUAUUAGGCAGCUGUGUGUGUCAUUAAAUUCUGAAGACGUAUAUCGAUCAUUGUCAGAAAUUCUUCAACAUGAAGACAAUCUUAAAUUUGCUGCAAUUAUGGUGGAAAACCUGAAUACCAUUCUCCUGACAUCACCAGAAUUGUUUGAACUGAGAACAAAACUCAAGGAUGUAAAGUCUGAAGGAAGCUGUCAACUUUUCCGCUGUUUGUAUGAAUCAUGGUGUCACAAUCCAGUAGCGACAGUGGCAUUAUGUCUACUUACUCAAAACUACAGCCAUGCUUGCGACUUAAUACAUAAAUUUGGAAGUCUGGAAGUGACUGUGGAAUUUCUUACCGAGAUAGAUAAACUGGUGCAACUCAUAGAGUCCCCAAUUUUUACUUAUCUUCGCCUUGAACUGUUAGAAGUUCCUCCGAAGCAACACUUAGUACAAGCUUUGUAUGGCUUGCUGAUGCUGUUACCACAGACUGAAGCUUUCCAUACGCUGAGACGAAGACUCGACUGUAUUCCCAGCCUUCACAUCCAGUGCAGUGAUAGAGCUCUUCAUGCCACGAAAGAAGAGUGUAAUAAACAUGAAAAGUUCUUGGACUUCAAGCAACUUUUGGAUCAUUUUAUAAAAAUCCAGGAUCAACAUAAGAGAAGCAAACAGGCUGCGCGUAAUGCUGCUUUAUUAGAGAAGAAAAUUGCAGGGCUGGAUACAUAGCACCAAGGUAGCUGUUAUUUACUAUCUGUGUGGUUAAUAAAAACAGUAUUGUAUCAAAGAAUGAUUAAUGAGACACUGUGUAGUAUACAAAUAAAAACUUUUUCCAGUU